AUGUUUGGUUUACAAUCAUUGUAUAAUGGUCUAUGCAACAGACUGUUUGUAAAUUCAAAUAACAUAGUAUCGAAUCAAAUCAGAACACUGUACAAACACAAGUCAAAGUCAGCAUGCAAGAAGAGAUUCCAAUUGACCAAGAUAGGACACGUCAAGUUCCAUCCAAGGUCUAACCCUGGAAAGGUCUACUACGUUCAAGGCACAGCAGUCAACAAGACAUUCAAACAAGUUCUAUUCUCUCAAUCAUACACUAAGCCUGCAUUUAUAUCAAACAGUCAAUGUUCAUUUGAAGUCACAGAUGUUGUUCAACAU